AUUCUUUUCUCACAUUUUCUUCAUUUUUCGGUGAAGACGAAAAACUAGGUAAUGCCGUCUGGAAAUGAAGAAAUCAAUCAUUUAUCGGCACUUGAUCAAUUUGUGGCUCCCGGCUUACGAUUAUGGAUGCUCAUUGCACUUGUUGGAGGAGUUUUGCUCAUUAUGAUUGUCAUCGUGUGCUGCUUCAUGAGAAUCCGAAUUCCACGUACAAAACGACAAAUCGAUCUGAUUGCUGCGAAACGAAAAUUGAGAAAAAGCACCAAAAAUUCGGCAGAAGCCAAUGCUCACAACGACGAACGUGCUCAGGCAAUCGUGAUGAACUCAAUGCCUUCUGGAGGUGGUGGAGGUGCUCCGAGCACAAGCAGCUCACGUCAUACUGGCUCACGUAUUCAAUCUCAAGUUUAAAUUGAUGAAAUUGAUGAUUUAAACCUUUUUUUUGGAUCUUUUUGUAAAUAAAUUGAAUUUUUAAUAUGAAAACAUUUGCUUUUU